AUGGUGUGGACCAUUUCAAAAUCACCUCAGCCGAGUCAGAUAUCAAGGUCACAAUUAAGAUCAACAAUUCAAGGAAGUCGUCUAGAACAGUCCAUGAAUCGUGCCUACGGCACUGCCGGCUGGCCACAACAACAAGAGCAACAACAAGAACAACUACAAGAGCAACAAGAACAACAAGAACAGCAUCUAUCAACCUCAUUUCCACCACCAAUAGUAAGAGAUGUCAGAGAAUCUAAAAGAAGAAAGAUGUUUGAUGAUAGAAUAGAAGAACAAAGACAAAUGAUACAGCAACAAUCAUCAACAUUAAUGCAACAAAAUGAAAGAGAAUUAUUUAGUAUUAAUAAAGUAUUAAGCAUGUCAAACCUUGAAUCUAAUAUGAAUCAUCUGUAUAGAGAACAAAUGGAGCAAGAAGAGCAGGCGAAAGCGAAUGCACAGAUAAUGUCAUCUUCACCUUCAUCAAACUAUGAUAUAGAUGAAGAAUGUCCAAAAAAAGAGAAAAAAGUAAAGGUUAAACCUCCCAAGUCAGAGGAUGAGAAUGUUUUGGAUGAAAAGAAAUCAAGGUUACCUUCGUCAGAAGAGAUAUACAAUAGAAUAAAAGUAAGAUAUACUACGAUUUAUUGUAAAUCACAAUUAAUUUACUUAAUUUGGUUAAUCACAAUAACAUGGGAAGCUUCAAUGAAUACAGAUGUCGAUGAUUUCACUAUUUUAUAUGAAGACAGAUUUAUUGGUUUGAUGGAAGUGGCGUUCUCUAAAUUUGAAUUGGGUGCUAUUCCUCUGCACCGUGUCAAAUCAUAUAAAUAUAAAAACAAUCUAAUUUGGGAUAGACCUUCAAGGUUCAUGAAUUUUCCAGCAGAGUUUGAUAAUGAUAAUUAA